CUGACGUCCAGUCCGUGCUGUCAACGAUUCGCCUAUAUACGGCUUCCCCAAUGAGAUGUUCGAUUGAUAAAUUCCACCCUUGUAAAAAUAGCGUAUUCAGAUGUUUGAAAACAUCAAACUAUCAUUGUAGAGCAAAAAACAGUGAUUCACCGUUGUAGUAUCUAUGUCAGUUGGAAUAUUCAUCACUUUGCGUAGUUCGUAACUAUUUUCGGUUACAAGGAUAGCAGCACAAAUCCUCAUCGACCGACCUCAUCGCAUAAAUGGUGACGCCAUCAGACAACGAGGACAUCGGUAAAGCGAUACCAAUGGGGAUUUUGUUGGCAACGAAAGGAACAGCUGGAGAUCGAUUGCUGUUUCUGUACCCACCUUCACCAUCAAAUUCACAGAAGAGUGAGAGUCGAGCAAAACCUUUGGUGGACUCUAUAUCAAAAACAGAUCGUGAUUGCAAGCUUAAGACAUGCACUGCACCUACAAGCGCAGCUCAGCUCCCUAUACUCAUGACAAUGCAGAAUGCAAAAAAAUCUGGAGAGAUGUCUUUUCCAACGCAGUUCAUAUUAUCCACCUGUAUGCUAGCCAAUAUACUGAGUGUGAAGGACUCAGUGGUGGACGCACCGUUCGAGCUAAAAGUGGACAAUGUGCGUUUUGCUGGUCACCCGAAAAAGUUAACAAGGGCAUCAGAGGGUUCUUCGACUAUAUUCUCGAUUGUCUUCGUGCUUCCUGCCUCUGUAAAUUCUCAUCUGGUGGAGUCUUUUCAGUCACUGAGUAAGAAAUUGGCUCUUGCUAUCGAUUCUCUUCAAACGCAGAGAGGCUAUUUCGCUGAACAGGAACGCAUAAUGCGAUCAGCACUUGACGAAUUUGAAGCUGAAGUGUCGAGCAGGCCAGAGAGUGACCAGUCAUUUCUCAAUAUCCCUUGGGAUACGAUACGAGGAAAGAGUGCACUGGCCGAACUUCUUACCAAGGUGUUUACCGAUGUGGGUAGGACUGGAGUAGUGCAGGUAUUUGUCGAUAAUUUCAUCGAGGUAGGUUUUUGUGUGCAAUCAAGAGCGUUGGCUCAUGCUCAUUUGACACCCAAAAAUCGUGCUGAGAUUGAUAGAAUCGUCAAACAAAUACGACCUUAUCAUGGGAUCUUAUUAUUAGAAGAUGUUUGGCCUAGUCCAGAUGCAAAUCCCUCGGUGACCCUUCUUCUAAAGCACUGCGAGCCUGAUCGGUCUAUAUUGGACAUGUCAACAGCUUCGGGAAUACCGCUGCUACAGGUAUUCCUCAUCGUUCGCCAUCUCCUCUUAUGGGCACGAGCCGUCGUUAUCUAUCCAUUGUGUAAUACCAAUAUAUAUUCUUCGGCAACACUACCAAAACCGCUUAGAAGAUACGUCACGCUGUUCUCUCAGCAGUUCGGCCCUUCUUUUCACUUAGCUGAUGCGCUUGCUCAGUUCGAUCCUCCUAGUACUCUCGGAGAUUAUCUUAAUGCUAAUCAGCCGUUAGCAGAUCAGCAAAACAAGGCUAAGGUCAUUGUGGCUUUGCUGAGGCAUCAACUCAUCAUGCAGCUUCAUCGUUAUUGCUACAUAGUGCCUCCAUUUUCCGAUGCAAAAUUACCUCGAGCAGGCCACCACUGCCCCGACUCCUUGAAGUCAGAAAUAUGUGCUUGUGACGAUAUCGAAGACGCUAUCAAACCCAUUAUAUCAGAUCUCUGUGGAAGUUUGUUGGAUACACAAAGUUUUAGCAGUGUGGAAGGAAAGCUACACUUAUUUCUUCGGAUGAGUCGUUUUAUGCAUGGACAGCACCACAUCGAAGACAUCGUCUAUCGCCUGAAUGUCGAGCGAUCUGCAAUCGAGGACGUACUUGCCACCUUCUCUCUUGUUCUUUGCUCAUUUCUACGACCCGAUUUUAUCUCAGAGUAGUUAGCAUCUAUUUCUGGCGUUACUUUUGCUCCUUUUUAUCUGUAAAGAAUAGGAAAUUUCAGUCGCAAUCGUAGUAACAACACUUUCACUCUGUCAGCGAAGUAUUAACGGGUAUACACUAGUCAAAAAUUAUAGAAUUCUUAAAAGCAGCUAUUGGUAUUUCUUUGCCUUUGUGAGAAUGUAAAUUGAUCAUUGGGUAUGAUCGGUAUUCUCCUUGUUUACAGCUUGUAACUCGAUUUGAAUUCAAAGUUCUCGUUCUUGGAAUGCAUUUUUGGUGCCUCCGGUGUGCAGUGGCUUCUAAGUAUACAUACUGAGCGUGUAAUCAUAGCACUCGGAAUUCUGCUAAGAACGGAUCUGAAGACCUUGUUGUUUUGUAAUGUAUUUAAGAUUAAAAAGGAACUACUUAGCCUGCUAACAAAUAACAAUUCUUCAUGCAGUGAUGCUGGUAUGAGCAACUUCAGAAACCAUUUCUCUUCACCUAUGUUAGUUUUUUUCCGCAAGAGGUGGUAUCAUCCAGCGGUAAAUUUCUUUUCGUCGCUGCUGAUAUAUAAUUCCAUAUAGAAUAAAGUUGAUU